AUGCAAACCUCGCUGUACUUGAAUACAUCAACACAGAUGAGGAGGGAUGAAAUAAUGCAGAAGCUGUCUUCGAGCAGUGAAGAAGAGAAGAUUGAGGCGAUGCAACAGAUAGUGACACAGAUGAGCCAGGGAGGUGAAUUUUCAUCGAUUACACUGAAGAUUACGAAGGAGAUCAUGAUGGUGAAGAACAAUGAGCUGAAGAGACUAUUUUACUAUUUCAUGGAGAUGUUGCCGAAGUCCAGGGACUCUGAGGCGUUUGGUGAGGUGUUAUUGCUGUCGAAUCAGGUACGAAAGGAUCUUGAGCAUGCGAAUGAGUAUGUUAGAGGAUUUGUGAUGAGGUUUGUUAGCACACUGUGCGAUCAGGAGCUGAUAGGUAACUUCUAUAAGCUUGUAAAAGAUAACUUCAACCAUCCAAAUACAUAUGUGAGGAGGAAUGCAUAUUUCUGCCUAGGAGAGGUUUUUAAGAAGGUUGAGGUAUACAAUGAGAUUCCUGAUCUGCUGUAUCAUGCAUUGUUGAGGGACAUUGAUCCAAAUUGCCUAAAGCAGGCGUUUGUUUCACUACGGAAUGGUGAUGAAGCGCUUGCACACAAGUAUAUUUCUGAGGUGUCGGUAAAUAUUCCAAACGAGCUUUCUAUAGCAAUAGUUGAGUGGACAAGCGAUGUGAAGGUUCUUGAGAAAUUUCUUGCGAGUGAGGAUGCGCAGACAGCAAUGGAAGCAGGGAUUGUUAUUCACAAGGUGAGUACAGAUGAAGGGUUGCUGAGAAGGAGUCUGGAUGUGAUACUCAGGGGGGCUGAGAGACUUUCUAGGUACAAGGAGUAUGUGAUUGAUGAGUUGUCAAGGCAUUCUAGAUAUGGUUUCCAUGGUAGUGCAAUGAGGUUUCUUGGACUGAUGGAUGUAUAUGACCUUAGCUUCUGCUCCAAGUGCAUAAACUUUGUGUUUAAAAUAUCUGAGACGCAUGAAUUUCUUGAGAUAUGUGAUUUUUUGAGUCUGAAGUUCAAGGAGACAAGUGAUGUGUCUUUACAGAACCAAGCUUUCAAGGUAAUGCUUUUUGAGAAGAUGUCGUGUUUUGCGGAGCAGUAUUCGUCAUAUAACGAAAGAAUGAUUGAGGAGGCUUUGAGGAACAUUGGUUCUGAUAAUCCUGAGAUGAGCUAUGGAGCGCUCGUAUUUCUUGGAUCUUGCUUUAAGGUUAUGAGGAAUGAAACUAAGGAGGGAGAGAAUGCAAUGUAUCUAAAAUAUGUUGAGGAGCUUGUAGAGAAGAUUGAUGAGACGAAGUAUGGAAAGAUACUGAGGCAUUGUAUGGAUAUAGUGAAGCAGCAUGCAAAUAAGUUGAUUUUUGAGAAGGUUGUUAAUGAUGUAAAUGAGUCCUUUGAGAAGACGGACAAGCCAUUAUAUUUGCGAAAUACACAAGCAUUUCUUGGAUGUUAUGUGUGCAUUGAGCUUUGUGAGAUGUGUAAACGACUUGGUGGGGAUAUGAAAGAGAAGGUGAUUGCAGUGAUGUUAAAGUUUAUUUCUUAUGGCAAUGAGAGCGGAACCAUAGAUGCUAGCUCUCACUCGACAAUAAUUGCAUGCAUCCGAUCGCUAGUGUCAGGUAGUGAAAGAGCGGAGGUGAGUUCUGAUAGCCAUAGAAUAUGUAGAGAAGGUGUGCUUGAUGCGAUUGUACUUCCUGGAUGUGAUGACAAAGAUAAGAUUAGAUUGAGGAGACUGAAUGAGUUUAUUGGGGAAGGAGAAGCAUGGAAUGGAGGAGUUGGCAAUGUUGUUCAGUUGAGCGGAUUAUCUGAUCCUGUGUAUGUGGAAGGGUUAGUUGGAUAUACAAGAUAUGAGGUUGUGGUUGAAAUGAUGCUGAUUAAUCAGACGUCAUCUUAUUUGCAGAACAUCCUGAUUGAUUUUGUAAGCAGUAGGAAUCUUGUGGCGUCAUUUAUGUCAAGCCCGUUUUCAUUAUCUAGCAGGUCGGUUGCAGUGAAGAGAUAUGUGUUUAAGAUUCAAGAUGCAUCGAAUGGAUUUUUGAGUGGGUCUAUGACGUUUAAAUAUCCUGACGAAAGUGGGGAAUAUGCAAAUACGGCAUACACGAUAAACUUCUGUGAGAUUAGGACGUCAGUUGCGGAGUUUCUUGAGUCUUGUGAAAUUGCUCCACAUGAAUUUAGGGAGAUGUGGAAAGACCUUGAGUGGGAGAACACAUACACAUUGAAGUUGAGCACAAGGAGACCUCUUGAAGAGAUAUUUGAAGGAGUGAGCAACGGAGUGAGGGGAAGAGUGCUUGAUAUAGAGUGCAAUGAUGAUUAUGCGGUGGGAAAUAUUGUGUGCUUGACACAACAGAGCGUGUAUGUGCUUGUGAAUGUGUGUCUUCGUCGUGAGGAGAGUGUGUAUUUUGAGUGUAGGAUUCGAAGCAAGAAGGAGGGAAUAGUGAAGUCUGUAAGCAUGGUUGUUGGGGAUGUGCUGAAGUCGUUUAGGAAUAAAUAG